UCGCGUGACCGGAAAUACGAACGAGAACCACUAUAAACGGCAUCGUGCGUGGGCGUACUGCCGCGUUCGUAAUCGCGCUCAACUCGCUCCUUUUAUGCUGAUAAAAAAUAAUAUUAAUGAUUAUCUAAUAUAUCGAACGGGCUGUAUCGAACAGGAUGCAAGUAUAUAUACAUCAAGGCAAGGAGAUGAGAGAGUCAAACACGAACUUUCGAUUAUACGCACUAUAAAUUUUCAAGCCACGCACCAUUAACUCGCCGAUAGCUGAAAAUCCGGCUGAAUCGAUGAAUCCCGGCAGAAGGUAUAAUAUUGGUCGGUGAAUUAUUUCGCGGGCUACGUUGAGAGUCGUGAAGACAUUUCCGAUGUUGUGCAAUCACAUAGAUAAUUAUUAAAGAACGACCCUCAAGUGGUAAUUACUAACCGCAGCAAAGUCAAAUGGCAAAGAUGAUAUUUGUACAGACAAUACGUCGUAAAUGAACGAAAUUACAUGCGACGCGCCAUUAAAAUGAAAAUUGAUAGAAAAGCGUGACUGACGGCUGCGAAGAGUAAAUCGUUACUCGGGGUACAUAAAGAAAUCGGAGUAAGGAUUAGUUCGUCUGACGAUCGGAUCGGUCGCUUGAUCGAAUCGAGAUGGGCGCUCUUAGUUUUGCUCUUCCCUUCACGGUUCUUCUCUACCUGUUACCAUUGCUGAACGCACAUGAUCUUAGAAAAGUAGCAACAAAUGUAGCCGAACAAUUGAACAACCUCAUUGAUAUCAUUGGCAUACCGAAUGAAAUUCACGGAGAUAACGGGGAAAUCGAAUUUGAAUUUUUGGAUGGCUCCUUGAAUCCGUUGGUAGUAUCGAGACCUAUUAGCUCCAUAAGAGACCCAACGAAACUAAACGUAGGUUUUCAAGCUAAAGUCGAAUCGAAAAAUCUUCCGUUAAGUCCCAUUCGUGGAGACAUUUCGACGAACGUCCAGCUUGCGAAUCAAGCGAGAUGGUCACAAGGUGCAUUAUCAGGCGAGAGUAAAGCUUCUAAAGAAUUUUCGUCGGAAGAGGAAUGGGUUAAGAGUUCCAGAGACGCGACGGAAGAAAACAGGAAGAACGCGACUUUUCACCUAUACCUCCCGGAUAUUAAGGAUACAUUAAGAGAUAAGUUUGCCAAAACGAGUAUGCAGCUCGGAUUGGACGUCGGUGUCACGUCGAAGAAGGACACGGACGAGAACGUGGUCUGGGUCGUUGAUAAUCGUUGGAGAGGGAGAAAAAAUUACAUCCGGCUCUGCAAGAGAUUAACUGACGGAUCGUCGAGUUUGAUGCAGAAAUUGCGCGGCAAGGACUGCGUGAAACUACCGAGAAGUGAAUUUUAUCUCGAGCCAAAUAUGAGGAAAAAGGACGACACGUUUAGGCUUGUAGGACUGAAAAUUGGGACGAAGACUGGCAAUGGAAAAGAUUACAAGGAUUUCGGGAUCGGAAGUAACGAAAUUAAACAGCGGGGCGGAGUAACGGACAUUGUUGUCGAAGCUCCAAUUUCAGAUGUUUCGGCUAAUUACGAUGAAUCAAGCAUGAAAGUGGUUGAUAAAUUUGGAACGGGGCUGAACAUCAAGAUGAUCGAUGGUAGAAUCGCUAACCUCUUGCGCGACGGUAAACUUUCGCUAUCCGCGUCGACCGCGUUAAAAGUGUGA